AUGGACAUAUGCGGCGCGUCGCGCGACGCGUCGUUCGACCCCAACGGACUGUGCUGCGGCACGACCGCCACACCGCGGCCGACAUUGCUCCGAGGCACGACGCCGCCCACGGACGCCGGUGGGUGCCUCGCGUGUCACGCUUGCGGGGGCAGCGCCGAUUGCCCCGCGACGUCCUACUGCCGAGGCAACGGCGUCUGCCAGGGCUUCCCCGACUACCCCUCCUUCGACCCGCGCGGCGAGUGCUGCGCCCGGCCGUGA